AUGAGAAUGGACCUCUCUUUCCUGAGAAGACGUCACAACUACUCGACGACCUCAUCCACAAGUCUUUCUCCAACUGUACCGGUGCUCCAAUCCCCCGCAAUGUUCCAAGCGUUGACGAGCAAAACGGUCCCGGAAGAGACUCUAAAGCAAAAGAACAAAUUGGAAAGAGCUGCAAUUAAGCCGUCCAUGUUCUUCGAGGAUAAAGAGGAAGAUGACAAUGUUGACCCUGAUUUGAAGCAUGGCGUUUCUCCGGAUGCUCAAUCAGUCCACGUCGCGCACAGGAGUGUUGAUGAUGAUGAGCAGCCACCUCAGGCAAAGAGUCGCUACUUCGAAGACCUGUUCAACACUUGUGGCCCGCUUAUCUCCCCAAGAACUCGCAUCAGCAAUGACUCCGUCGUCGUGAUCGAAAUCAAGACGAACUCGAGGAUUAGUUACGACGAUUCAAAGCUUGCCUCUGACCUGACUAGCCGUUUGGCUCAAAUCUAUCAGAAGCCCGAUGCCUUCUUGAUGGUCACUAUCCAGCAAGAUGCAUGUCUCUAUUUUGGCAACUCCGCACUUCCCGCGUAUUUGAUGAAAGUCUUCGCCUUGCCACAUCUCAUCGCGCCAAUUACCAACCUGCGAAACACAAUACUUAUUCAAGCAGCACUCCAGGACCUGCUUCACGUUGCGCCGAGCAGGGGUGUUGUCUUGUACAUCCCAAUAUCUGAAGAGAACUUUGCAACAAAUGGAGUGACUAUGAUGGGUGAAAUCGCCCGGCUAGAAGGCCACGCCGAAGACCAGGAUGCCGGGAUACUCAGAAGUAUCUCACGGUCGAUGAGGCGGAGGAUGAAAUCAAACAGCACCACUAGUGCACCCUUGUCUGUGGAAACUACUUCCUCUUGGACUCCUGGAUUCGAUCCGCGUCGGCGAGGCUGCAACGAUGCUGGAAGAAGGAAUGUUUCCAGUGAAGGAGAAUCUAACACAGUCAGAAAGUCUAGGAGCAUGCGAGACUUUGUUUACCCCGCCGUUCAGGCUUCGGAUCUGUAG